CCUGAGUUAUGAGUGUCCUCGUACUUACUGUACAUUAUUUUAUUUUCUCUUUCUCUAGAAUCCGGCAACCAUCACCAGAAUACUACUUAGCCAUUUCAACUGGGAUAAAGAGAAGCUGAUGGAGAGGUACUUUGAUGGGAACCUGGAGAAGCUCUUUGCUGAGUGUCACGUAAUUAACCCCAGUAAAAAGUCUCGAACACGUCAGAUGAACACAAGGUCAUCAGCCCAGGACAUGCCCUGUCAGAUCUGCUAUCUGAACUACCCCAACUCGUACUUCACUGGCCUAGAGUGUGGACAUAAGUUCUGUAUGCAGUGCUGGAGCGAAUAUUUAACUACCAAAAUAAUGGAGGAAGGCAUGGGACAGACUAUUUCAUGCCCUGCUCAUGGCUGUGAUAUCUUAGUUGACGACAAUACAGUUAUGCGUCUGAUCACAGAUUCAAAGGUUAAAUUAAAGUACCAGCAUUUAAUAACUAAUAGUUUUGUAGAGUGUAAUCGACUGUUAAAAUGGUGUCCUGCCCCAGACUGCCACCAUGUUGUUAAAGUUCAAUAUCCUGAUGCUAAACCUGUUCGCUGCAAAUGUGGACGUCAGUUUUGCUUUAACUGCGGUGAGAAUUGGCAUGAUCCUGUUAAGUGCAAGUGGUUAAAGAAGUGGAUUAAGAAGUGUGAUGAUGACAGUGAAACUUCCAAUUGGAUUGCAGCAAACACAAAGGAAUGUCCCAAAUGCCAUGUGACCAUCGAAAAGGAUGGAGGCUGCAACCACAUGGUCUGUCGGAACCAGAACUGUAAAGCAGAGUUCUGUUGGGUGUGUCUUGGCCCUUGGGAGCCACAUGGAUCUGCCUGGUACAACUGUAAUCGCUACAAUGAGGAUGAUGCAAAGGCAGCAAGAGAUGCACAGGAGGAAUUAACACAGCGAUCCAGAGCAGCCCUGCAGAGGUACCUGUUCUACUGCAACCGCUACAUGAACCACAUGCAGAGCCUGCGCUUUGAGCACAAACUCUAUGCUCAGGUGAAGCAGAAAAUGGAAGAGAUGCAGCAGCACAACAUGUCGUGGAUCGAGGUGCAAUUCCUGAAGAAAGCAGUUGACGUCCUCUGCCAGUGUCGUGCCACACUCAUGUACACUUAUGUCUUUGCCUUCUACCUCAAAAAGAAUAACCAGUCCAUUAUCUUCGAGAAUAACCAAGCAGACUUAGAGAAUGCUACAGAGGUGCUUUCUGGGUACCUGGAGCGAGAUAUUUCCCAAGAUUCGCUGCAAGACAUCAAGCAGAAAGUACAAGAUAAGUACAGAUACUGCGAGAGUCGACGAAGAGUUUUGUUGCAGCAUGUGCAUGAAGGCUAUGAGAAGGACCUGUGGGAGUACAUUGAGGACUGAGACUGGCCCUGCAUAAAACGAACUCUGAAAACUUUACCAUCUAGAGUGCUCAUGCAAUUAAAACAAAACACACACAAAAAGAGGCACUACGCCUAUUACACCGCUGGGUCUGUAGUAAUGGGAUUCUGUUUUGCUAACAGAAAAUUUAAGUAAAUUAUAUUGUAAUAAAAAAGGUAGAUAAACCAUUGUACAACAGUAUUCUAGGCGGCCAAUAAGAGUGUGACAGAUGCACUAAAAAAACCCUCCAACUUUAACUUGUAACGUAGCUUCAUUCUCCAAGCCGACUCCUUUUUUCUUUUCUUUUUUUCCUGUGUGUAGUACAGAUGAAAUUUAAACCAGUUUCUUGACACCGCUUUUCAUGUCCAAACCAGCCAUUUUGAUGUACUUUGGUAAGGGGUUCUCCCUCUCCCUCCUCCUCCUCACACACCCAAGUUCAUGAAUGAAUGUUGAUUGGCUCAUUGUAAAGAUGAUUCUCGGGAAGGGGAGGAGGGGGGUACAUAGCAAGGAAAAAACUUUGUAUAUGACUUUUAAAACAAAAGAGGACAACAGUAUUUUUCAAAAUUGUAUAUAGCGCAUAUGCAUGGACAAAGAGCAAGCGUGGCACGUGUUUGCAUAAUGUUUAAUUACAAAAAAUAUUUAUUCUUUAAAAAUCUUCAAGAUUAUGUCUAUUUGCUGUGCAUUUUCUUUGGGUUUGCUUUUUUUAGCCCGGGGAUUGGGGUGGGAGAAGUGUGUGCUGGUGCAGUGACUCUUUUGAAGGCUUUUACGUGAGAAGUCAAGUUUCUCCUCUUCCUGCAUCGUUGAUUCCCUGGCCUCCAUGGUUUGUGUCCAUUGCUGGCAACGGAACUGUCCCCUCAUAAGGCAAACCGAUUAACUUGGUGUGCGUUUCAUUAGAGACGAAUGCAUGUUGCCAUUCAGGAUGCUUUGUCUUUUUCACCCAGAAUGUUAUCUGCCCAAAUCAAACCUAGCUAUUCCCAUGCCACCAGGACCUGGGCUCUGAACCUGGCUAAGAAUCAAACCUAUAAGAAGUGUGUUAGGAAUUUUUCGUUUGAUGGAGGAAAAGGGGGGUACUCGCUGACCACUUCUCAAAGAGCAUUGAAAGAGUUUAACUGUGGAUCUCCUCUCCUUUCCCGUUUGGUAUCAAAUGGAACGUUCCUUGCUGGUUUGAGUUUCACUUACGUUAUUACAAAUGGUGACGUUAAAAAGGAAGAUGGUGGAAUUGUCUGUUUGUUUUGGGCUCAGUUAUUGGGCAAACUAUCCUGGCAAAUAUUAAACACUCCAUCUAGUGCAGUAGCAAUUGAAAUCAUUGGGAUAUUUUUUCAAUUAAAAGGGUUAAGAGUUCUA